AUGGGAGAUGCCAGAGCCCCCCAACGCCCGGUGAGCACCAUAAACCCCAAUUACCUCGGCUUCGACUACAUAGGCUGGUACGUGGGCAACGCCCGGCAAGCAGUGUCUUACUUUGUAAACCACUAUGGGUUCGAGGUUCUUGCGUACCGUGGCCCAGAGACCGGGUCCUACGUGACGACAGCGUAUGUUGUAGGCAAUGGGGCUGCGCGAUUCCUCUUCACGGCGCCCCUCUGCUCGCCAAAUAAUGCAUCGGAUAAGCGCGCCACGCCUGAUGAACACCAGCUCUGCGAGGAGAUCCACACACACGUAGCCAGCCACGGCGAUGGUGUUAAGGACAUUGCAUUCCGGGUGGACGACGUGCACGGCGUGUGGGAGCACGCCGUCCAGAACGGGGCCGAGUCUGUCCGCGAACCGACAGUGCUGAAGGAUGACGGGGGCGAGGUCCAGAUUGCUGCGAUCCGCACCUUCGGGGAUACUAUUCACACGCUUAUCAACCGGUCGGGUUACUCUCGUCCAUUCCUGCCUGGCUUUAAGAGUGUGGAGGGUGGGGAGAAUCGGCCGGCGUAUCUGCCCAAGGUUGAAAUCGUGGAGAUUGAUCACUGCGUUGGCAAUCAGCCGUGGGAUGGGUUAGAUGGGAUUGUCGAUUAUUAUCAAAACACGCUCAACUUCCACCGGUACUGGAGCGUUGAUGACAAGGACAUGUGCUCGGAUUACUCGGCCAUGCGGUCUGUCGUGGUGGCGUCGCCGAACGAGGUGAUCAAGAUGCCGAUGAACGAGCCGGCGCAGGGGAAGAAGAAAUUCGUUGACUACUACAACGGCGCCGGCUGCCAACAUAUUGCCUUCCGCACAAACAACAUCAUCGACGCCGUGGAGAGUCUGAGACAGCGGGGCGUUGCCUUCCUGUCCGUGCCGGAAAAUUACUACACAGACGUGCGGAAGCGACUGGAGCACAUGGGGACCCAGAUCAGGGAGGACAUCGACAAGCUGCAGCAGUACAACAUCCUGAUCGACUUUGACGAGGGCGGCUACCUGCUGCAGGUCUUCACCAAGCACGUUGGCGACCGCCCGACUGUCUUCCUCGAGAUUAUCCAGCGGGAAAACUUUGAUGGCUUCGGUGCUGGCAACUUCAAGAGUCUGUUUGAGGCCUUUGAGCGCGAGCAGGUGCUCCGCGGUAAUCUGUAA